AUGGCCGAAAAAAAGAUGAAGAAAAAGGAACUACAACGUAAUAAUUUAGUGGAUUCUAUAUACCGGAUCAAAGAGUUUUUGCGCAAUUACACUGAACAGCAGAUAAACGAAGUGAAAAUACGACUUGAGAGAUUGGAUAAAUUGAUGGAAGCCUUCGAAGAGGUGCAAACCGAAUACGAGACUUACGAUGACACAGCCGAGUUUAUAGUCGAAAACACAAAAUUGAGAGCAGAGAUAGAAGAAGAAUAUUACCGAGUGAAAGGUGGUUUAACUUCAAAAAUUCCUCUCCAAGUUCCCAAUGCCGCUGCGGUUAUGCAAGUUGUACCUGCUAUUGCCCAGGCAGCUCAUAUCAAACUACCCACCAUUACGCUACCGAAUUUUGAUGGUGAUCUGAAUAGUUGGUUAACGUUUCAUGAUUCGUUCUCAUCGCUAAUCCAUUCAUCUGCUGAUAUCCCGUGUAUCCAGAAAUUUCAGUAUCUUCCAUCGGCUCUAAGAGGUGACGCAUUAAAGUUAAUUGGAUCCCUGACAAUAACCUCCGACAACUACGCCAUUGCGUGGGAAGCCCUGAAUAAACGGUAUGCCAACAAAUAUUUGUUGAAGAAAAAGCACCUUCAAGCAUUGACAUCAUCUACCAAACUUACCGCGAAGACAGUUUCCAACCUAAGAUCCUUACUGGAAGAUUUCGAGCGCAACGUGAAGAUCCUUACUCAGCUUGGUGAACCAACCGAGCAAUGGAGUAGUAUUCUGGUCCAACUGUUAUCUUCUCAAUUGGAUGACGGAACCCUCAAAGAUUGGGAGGAACAUGUUUCUGGAGAAAAUGAACCUACGUAUGAAAACUUAGUGAAGUUCCUAACAAUGAAAGUUCGCACGUUGGACUCAUUAUCCAUCAAUGCAGAACAAAAUCCAAGUUCAUUACACUCUAGGUCAAUCAUCCCCAAGCAACAAAAGCCAGCGUCAUCACCUCAUAUUCCACGUAUCAACACGUACACCAUUACCGAUAGCUAUCAACCUGAUUGUUUGGCAUGCAGUGAUAAGCACUUUCUAGUUAAGUGCCCUGUGUUCGACAAAAUGCAUCUGAAGGAUAAGUUGAACUUAGUCAACAGUAAAAGAAUCUGCAGCAACUGUUUCAGAGGAAACCACUUCGUUCGUAAAUGUACUUCCAAAUACAGCUGUCGGAUUUGCCAGAAAAAACACCACACAUCUUUGCAUCCAGGAUUUGAGGCAAAUAGUUCAUCCAAUCCUAAUACUUAA